AUCAAACUCCCGCCAGAUAUCCCCCACUUACCUCCAUUAAUCCAUCACCGACCCAUCACCAACCCAUCCUCCGAAAAACACCGGUGAUCAAAAAAGGAAAAACAAUAUCAGAAUGCCCGGCUUCGACUUCUCCAAUCACACCCGCAAUGCGGCGCUACAUGCAAAGGGUAUGCCCUUGCCCAAAGCUACUUCUACGGGGACCACCAUCGUGGGAUGUAUUUUUGAUGGGGGGGUCGUUAUAGCUGCUGAUACAAGAGCCACCAGCGGUCCUAUCGUCGCCGACAAGAACUGUGAGAAAUUGCAUUUCAUUUCCCCCCAGAUUUGGUGCGCUGGAGCCGGAACCGCUGCAGACACAGAGUUCACAACAGCUUUAAUCUCCUCCCAACUCGAACUCCACAGUCUAAGCACGGGUCGCAAACCCCGCGUUGUGACCUGCAUGACCCUCCUAAAGCAGCACCUCUUCCGCUACCAGGGACACAUUGGCGCAUACCUCGUCAUCGCGGGCGUAGAUCCAACAGGCACACACCUCUUCACCGUCCACGCUCACGGGUCCACCGAUAAGCUGCCGUAUGUCACCAUGGGCUCUGGCUCCCUCGCCGCCAUGGCGGUCUUUGAGACGAAGUGGGAGAAGUCCCUGACCAGGGAGGAAGCGGUUGACCUUUGCUCUGAGGCUAUUCUGGCGGGUAUUUUCAACGACUUGGGGUCUGGGAGUAAUGUCGAUGUCUGCGUUAUCACUUCUGAGAGGGCGACGCUCAUGCGCAAUCAUAUCACGCCGAAUGAACGUGUGCCCAAGGAGAUGUCGUACAAGUUUGCCCGUGGUACAACUGGGUAUAUUAAGGAGAUGGUUGUUGAGAAAAAAGACUUGAAGAAAUAUGUCACCAUCGUCGACUUGGGCGAUGCCCCCGCCAGUGGGGGUACGGCGGGAGAUGCUAUGGAGGUGGACGCUUAGAUGAUAAUUUCUGUAGCGUGUGAACCGAGCUUAUUACAGCUUUGAUACAAUAAAUCAGAGAUAUUUUAG